CCGCAAUCAUUCAUACGGUUCUCGCACGAGAAAUGGUUUGUCUUGCGCGUAAACUUAACAUUGUGUGAUUAAUACAAAAAUCAAAUAAUGAACGGAAUGGCUCUUAAUUGUUGUUUUCUUUUAUUGACCGGUAUCACGACGAUUACUUCAGCUGGAAUCCAGAACUUGUUUCCAGAAAUAAAGCAGUACAGUUAUGUGGUUAAAAGCAAUGUUUCCACUGGAUCAUUUGACGGAGUCUCCUACUGGAGUAUGGAGGGGAGACUACUCGUUGUUGUGUACGAUAACUUUACAAGGGUCCGACUCAAGCUUGACGAUUUGGAGACCUCAACAUUCAGCCAUAACUCAGGUUACUCGUCAUAUCAAUCAGCAGAGGCAGCAAAUUAUCUAAAACUACCUUGGGAGUUGGAGUACAAAGAGGAUGGUCUAAUAACCAUGAUGUACAUAGGCGAAGAGCCGGUAUGGUCGAGUAACAUGAAGAGAGGCAUAUCUGCUAACUUCCAACUAAAAAGCGGCGCAAAUGGUGCUUAUGCUGAAGAGCCUUGUCUAUACAACAAUUAUUGUGAAACCAAAUACGUGGUACAAGGGAACACUGUCAGGAAAUAUCUAGCGUCGGUUGAUCGGUACCACAAGAUCUUCCCAGACAUGUGGAGCUCCGUGCCUUGGAUGAUGAACGACCAUCGUUACACGCUGGAAAGUGUUACCACAGCCGAGCGAGUGUACGAGCUAAGCGAUAAAGGCCUGAGCAGUAUGACCAUGAACGGAGCAUUUCGGUACAGGACCAAUGGGCAUGUUCUUUCUGUGAGGACUGAGUUAUCCCUGUACUACGAAUCGGAUCUCCCACCGGUAACCGUCGAGAAACUCAACGUUUCAGAAACCAGUUUGGAAUACGUACCAGGGAGCUACGAGGACUGGACCAAUGGCAUACGACAGAUCUCUCAGAGCGAACUAAAGAAUAAAACGUAUGAGAUUCUUCUCAAAAUUGCAAGAAAAGGUAUUGAUGCAGACAAUAUUGUGAGAAACGCAAGUCUCAUUCACAGCUUGGAUUUCGUUGAUCUUCUAAACACAAUAUCACAUUUAUCGUACGAAUCUCUGGUGAAACUCUUCGGAGGUCUAGUACUAGGCACUAGUUAUGACCUAGAAACUGCAAGGAACAUUUUCCUAGAAGUGCUGCCACAUGCUCGAAGCGACGAUUGUGUCAGGCUGAUUAGAUACCUCGUCGUCGAAGAACGGGAAAAAAUAGAAGAUGUCACUCUACUAUCCCUCAUUCGGAAACUGCCUUUUAACGUGGACGUCAAAAGCCAAGGCCUCCUCGAGGAGUUGGAGACGUUCAGCAAGCUGAGCAUGGACUUCUCCCAAGACAUCCGGCACGCUGGGAUAUUGACGUUUGCGAUACUGGUGUCAAAGGUGUAUGGAGUCAAGAGAGACUACUUUGACAACAUUGUUGUGAAGUACUUUAGGAUGUACAGUGAAUGUCCCCAAUAUUUGGACCGCAUGAUAUGGCUGCAAGGUCUCUGCAACCUGGGUCACUCAGCUGCAUCCUAUACUAGCACCAUCUACAGCGACAAGACUCGAGAUCGACAUGAAAGACUUUGGGCUUCACUGUCCUGUAACUGGAAUUAUAGCGGAGAAGAGAAGCUACUGCCAAUGCUAUUGGACGAAGAAGAGCACAUUCAGCUCAGGAUAGCGGCACUGAACGAAAUCCUGUUCAAUAACUAUGUGGAAGAGAGGCUGCUGUCUUUCAUACAUAACUUCAUAUCGUCUUCGAGCAGCAAGGAGUUGCAGAGGUUCUGGUAUACGACCAUCAAGAGUUUGGAGAAUAGUGCUCACCCUAGAUACACUCCUAACCUAAAAGAAUUGAUACCGUUCAUCUCAAAAGAAGUCAAGAAUCCAGACACGACAUACUGGGGUACCAACAACUACAUAGCAUCCAGUGGGAAGCAGGGACCCUGGCUGCAGCUGAUCAGCGUUGGAGACACUCCAGCCCCAAGUCUUGCUGGUAUCACUGUGUCCAGUGCUGGAAGCCUGGUCUAUACUGCUUCUAUGUAUGUAAUAGCUGAAGGAGUAUCCUCAAACUUGUACAAGAAGAUGCACAAAUUAAAAGUCAAUGAAAUGACUUCAAGCAAAUUGUUAAGGGUCUUGGAAAGGAUGAAGUGGAAUUUGAAGACCCCCGAAGAAGUCCAUAUAGACUUAGUGGUCAAAAUUGGCAAGUACACCGUAUAUGCGACACACGUCAACCAGACCAGGUUUGAGAGUUGGAAUGGAGAUGACAUGGUGAAGUCAAUAAUGGAUUUCGUCCGUUUCGGAAGUCAUAUCAACCAGCAAGUCGUAUAUUAUCCGGUGCAGGGUUACCUUCACACGCCGACCGAACUAGGAACACCAAUUCGUCUGCAAACUUCCGUUGGGAUGUUCACAUCCUUAAGGGGAAACCUGACUUCAAGCCCUGACGUCACGCAAGUUCUGGAUUGGGAAAACGACAUGCAUAUACGGUAUCAAGGCACGACAGUGACGUCACUGUCAACAGCGGCGCCUCUAUUGGAGUCGGAGUAUACAGCUCGAGUCCAACACUCCAUUGUAGCGCAUUUGCCGAUCAAAUUCAACGUCACUUUGCAACCGAAUGCCAAGUCUAUAGCCUUAACCUGGCUGAACCCUUUCGCCCAACGCGCAGGAGUGGCUUUACACUCUAGAGUCCAAGUCGACACGGAUUCGGCUAACGGCAAGGAUUCCUAUUCUAUUUCACCUGCCCAAGAUAAUGACGUGGAUGACACUGGCAUCUUUUUCGACUGCAAACGGAAGACGUCUGGUGCAGAGAUCAUAGAAAAGUAUAUCAUGUCCAAGUUUAUGAGUUACGAUGUCCUACCAAUACAACAAUCGAUUUUGAGUUCGAUCCAAAAGUUCUUUUCUUCCCCCGGCUGUGGUAUUAUCAUCCCUCCCUCGAGACCCACCCAGGGGGAGGAUGAGAUUAUCAAAGUCAGCUUCAAUCUAGGGGACAUCAUAGUUUUCGAGAGGGUCGAUCGAAUUGAAGCGAAUUUCGAUUUCGUUUUGAGUUAUUAUAGUCGUAAUGACCAGAACAAAGAUGUCUUCCUGAAGAUAGACUCCAAUAGCAACAUAAAGUGCGCCGGUAGAAACGUCACGGUCGAAUGGUUCCUUUAUGUUAAACAACCAUAUUCUAUGGACCCUAACAAGAAGUUCUGGAAGCUCUGCUAUUUCGAAAACGACAUAAGCCACGCCCAUGCAGACCAAGAUAUAGCGAUCCACCCAGCGUCCUACGAGGGUAGAUCAUCAGUAACCUACCAGUCCACUGCUGAUUACCACAGCUGUCAUACCGAGGGGAAUGUCAGCAAGAUCAUUCUAGAAUAUAGAGGAACCCCCAAGAGUAUCAAUGGUGACGUUGAGCGACAUGUCGAAGUUAAGAUUAAGGGAGAAAAGCUACACCAGUUCGACUUGCUCCCAGUGCUGGGCAUAGGGAUCGGGACGCCAGUAGCUCAAUUGCUGGGAAGCUUUGAAAAGGACACUAUUGAUACUACAGCGAUUAUCAAGGAAAAGAACGGCAUAGCUUCGAUAAGUGUGAACAGAGGUGUGGAGAUACAGUUCGAUUCAGAAAACUUUGCUUGGCUGUUGGACAGCUGGACGGCUAUGCAGCUUAUGAAGAGAUUUGGAUUCUAUCGGGAAUGUCGACUUCGUGGAGGGACAGUACAGACUUUAUCAGGCAACGUGGAGCAGCUGCCAUCUCUGCAGUGCGCUGAGACCCUGGUACUUGCUGAUUGUUCUCAAGCGCCUAGUUCGAGCUUCGUCAUCCUCCGACAGCAAGAUGGCGGCAUAAAAAUGUAUGAAGGCGAUCGUAACAGCACAAGCGCUCUCCAAACCGAUAUCGGUUUACCAGAGGUGCCGAUCGGCAAUGGCGUGAAGUACAUAUCAGAAUCUUCUGGUAUCAUAGUAUAUAAGCGAUUCAAUGAAACGGUUAUUCUACUACCCUCAUUUUACACGCACACGGUGUGUGGAGAGUGUGUCGAGAGCAAUCCACAGAGCAACUGUUAGAAAUCAAUAGUUUAGCAAUAAUUUUGCUGUGAAAAUUGGCAGCAAGUAUAACCCGGUACUGCUGAAAAUGUUGUUGGAAGGUGUAACCAGAACGCUAGCAAAAAUAAAACAUCUGACUGACGCUAGAGGUCAACGAAUGUUCCGUAAAUAGGUCAACGCCGCAUCGUAUGUGGGGCAUUGACCCGAGUUUUGCACGCUUUACAAUGCGGGUUUGAUAGUUUCACUUUUUUUUUUGGUGGGCACAGUCGUCGCCUGUGCCCAACAAAUCUGAUGCGUGCCUCUGUCAUAGUAAUUUAUUGCAAAUAUUCCGCAAUUAAAUGAUGGAUGAUGCUUGCCGGCCUUACAAUUAUUCUAGAAGAUAGAAAUUGCCAAGAAUCUAGCCCGCUUAUGAUAGCCAUAUCGAAAAAGCUCUGUAAAAUAUUUUAGUAUAUAUGCUUUAAAUAAUUUUAUAAUUUUAAUUUUAAAUAAAAUAAUUAUAAAAACUAUGUUAUAUAAGUAAGUUAUGUAAAUAAAUUUUAUUAU